CUCUACGUCACGUAUAUCAAUCCGCUCUAUUGACAUUUGGUAAUGGCGACAAAGUAGCGGUGCGCGAUUCACGUCUGGAUUUACCUGUAAAAUAACAGUAAAGUGAUCUGUUUUCGUUGGAUUUUACUGGAUUAUAAAUCGUCUAAAACAUUUUUGAAUUUUAUCCAGCCAUGUAUGUUCUCAAGUUGGAGCAAAGUGAACUGACAUAGUAACUGCAGAAUCACCAAGAAUCCUCAACUCUGUUGUCAUGGAUACCAUAGACUCUGGGUUGCCAGGUGGCAACAGCACCGCUGGCUGGUAUGACACUUGGGACAGACAGGCAGGUCAAUCGUUCGCAAAUGCUGCUAAAGGUCUUCGCAAUGCCCCCGGGGAAAACAACUGCUUCCUGAACAGCGCCGUACAGGUAUUUUGGCAUAUUGAUGUGUUCCGAAGAAGUUACAGACGCAUCACCGGUCACUUAUGUAUGGGGCACUCCUGCAUAUUUUGUGCGUUGAAGGUGAUAUUCACGCAGUUCCAGUACAGUGACCAAUCCUCUCUGCAGCCAUCAGCCCUGAGGAAGGCCCUGGCGGACACCUUCGCCAAGCAGGAACGCUUCCAGCUGGGUCAUAUGGAUGAUGCUGCAGAGUGCUUUGAGAACAUUUUGAAUCGCAUCCACUACCACAUCGCCAACCAGCACCAUGAGGACAACUGCACCGCCCCUCACUGUAUCCCACAUCAGAAGUUCGCUAUGACCGUCUUUGAUCAGCUUGUUUGUCCAUGUGGUGCACAGUCGGAACCCCACAAGUUCUAUGAGAUGGUCCAUUAUAUCUCAGCCAAUGCCUUAGUGUCCCAAUCGAGGACAAUGCAAGAGAAUGGAGACAUGCUGCAUCCCAGCAGGUUUGGUCUGCUGCUACGGAAUGCUGGCGCCAUUGGUGACGUUCGAGAUUGCCCUAAUAACUGUGGAAAGAAAGUCCAAAUUAGACGAACACUUCUCAAUGUACCAGAUGUUGUGAGUGUGGGUCUGGUGUGGGGGUCAGACAAGGCCGACCCUGAGCUGGCAGCCGAGGUAACCAGGACCAUAGGAACUAUGAUCCUCUUCCCUGACAUGUUCCACUCGGUGAUGUGUAACGAUGGCAGCCAGUUGCCAAAGUUACAGUUGACAGCGGUAGUGUGUUAUUAUGGCAAACACUACUCUACCUUCAUCUUCCAUACAAAGAUACAGGCAUGGAUCUUCUUUGAUGAUGCACAUGUCCGACAGGUAGGUCCCCACUGGGAGCAGGUGGUUGAUCGUAUCUCCAAGAGCCGCUACCAGCCCCUGCUACUCAUCUACACCAACCCCAAUGCAGCCCCUGUCACCACGGAAACGGCCCCCAGCACCCGACAGAUGGCCCCGGGAUACUCUAUGACUGCCAGUAAAGACUCAAAAGAAGAAGCAAAGAUUAAGCCAUCUCUGCCGGAGAAAUUCCAGUCAAGCAGGAGGGUUUUGAAUUCACGUUUGGAAGGUGGCGACCCAACUAAAUUAGAGAAAGAACCAUUGGAGCGAACCUCAAGUUUCGAGCAUCGACGUCAGUCGAGUUUCAUGCUUGCUGUUACAAAGCAGAAAACCAAGGACGAUGUAAUAUAUGCCGUGCCGCACAAUAACACCAAGGUUGUUAAUACUAUGAAGGACAUCAGUCAGUCAGAGAUGAGACAGAUGGGACUACGUCCGGGGAAUGGGGCUGGUUUUGCGGGAGACUGUGUGGAUGGAAUGGAGGACCCUGAGAGCUACAAUAAUUACACACUGUCCAACAGCGAUCAUCAUCGCAGACCCAGCCUGAACAGCCCCGAUCAUAGCAAACUGCCGUUGACGCCUAAUUUCUCCAGAGCUGGAGAGACUCAGAGAAAAGACAGCUUAAAGAAAGUCAAGGGCAAAGUUGGAGCAGAUGUAAUCAGGUACCCCGUAGAGGGUUCAAGGCGGAACUCGCAGUCGUCUGAAUCGGACAUGAGUUCUGCUGCAGCCAAUGGUGAUGGAACCGUUGCUACGAGUAACGGCAAACCGACGGUGCCUGUGAAACCAUCACAUUUCAGGACACGAUCUCAGAGUGUGGAGGACAAUAUAGCAGCGUUGGGGGAGGUUGACAUUGUAAAUAACGGUGGAUCUCAUAAAGUUAUCAAGCCUCAAGCUUCUAACCUGCAAACUUACGACGGCAUGGAUUCGGUGAAUCGUGCCCACACUCCUGUGCAGUCGGGUUUGGCAACUCUUCCCAGGAAUAAGAAGCAAGGCAAUACUAACACAUCUGGCAGCGUAGAUAACACAGUCUCCACGUCCACCCUCAUGCAUUCUCAGCACAAACCGGGAUCUCAACCACAACCCUUGUAUCAGAAUCAGCCCUUCACUCAUGAGGAGCCCCCUCCACCCUACACUCCAGCCAAUUUUUCUGGCUACCAAAGUUGUCUCACUUAUCAGAACGUUGUGCAAAAUGACUACCACUCAAGACAGGGUUCCAAUAGCAGCAUUUUGAGCACAGGAACAGUGAUUGAAUGUCCGAUAUCAGAUGACUCCCAUAGCAGACAACAGUCCACAACCAGUCAGGAUACAUUGACAGACAAGUCGAAACCACCCAAAGCAAAAAGUAAAAGAAAGGAAAAGGAAGAGAAGAAAAAAGAUGAAAGUGGGAAAAAGAGUGAAAAGAAAACUAAAAGCAAGAAGGAAAAAGCUUUAAAAGCAAUUUCAGAGAAACCACCAGCAGGCCAUGAGAGGAGGGACAGAGAUGAAGGAUUUUCUGAAGACAGAGGCUACAUUGACAGAAAAAUGGUAGAAAGUGUCCUCAACUUCCAAAAACUACAAAGGUCAGGAUCCUGCAUCAGCCAAACCAGCAACAGCAGUUUGGAUUCGGAGAGAGGAAUGAGAGGAAUCGUCCCAAACGAUAACCUGUCUGGGGAAAUAGCCUUCGAUGCAGCUUCCAUCGACUCUCACAAAGACUCUGGGUAUGCCAGUAGCGAUCGUAACAGCUCCAGCUCCACAGGCAGCAUCACGAUGAAUCCGUACGAACAAUACUUCCUGUCUAGAAAUAUGAUCCCGCCCAAGACUUUCAACCAGAAGGCCAUGGCUGAGAACAUGCAGAAGCUAAUGAACAAGGGCCCUGUGGCUGCGGGGCUGGAAUACACAAAAGAAGAGGACCUAAAGUCACUGGUGACCAACCCCACUGAGUACUAUCAUCAGAGCUACACUGUAGGUCACUGUCAGCCUGCACAUCAGGGCCAUCAGCAGCAGAUCACAGGGCAAAUACAGGGGCCCAUACAAGGGCCACCCAAGGACGUGAUGAGCCUACCCAAAUCAGAGAGAGAUCAGUACAUGUUUGAUGCCUUAAUCUCGCGGGGCAAAGUCACCCCACAGCAUGGUCUAGAUCAAAGAUUUCCUGGACAGCCAUUGCCUAGCAACAAAUUGCAGCAGCAAGGACCUCACCAGUCGACUGAUUGUGGUGUGCCAAACCAGUAUAAUGGCCAAGGUCAAGGUCACUACGUGGGUAACCAUGGCAACCAUGUUCAAUUCAGACAGGCAGAGCCCCAGUUGCCUUCACCUCCAGCCAAUGAAAGCAUUCCAGGGGGCAAUGACCAGUUUAUCAGCCUGUGUCAUCGGGCAGAGGACUUGAUGGACAGCUGUGUGCUGGAGGAGACCUCUCUCAACUACGUGGGAGCGCUGGCUAGCUGCCAGCAGGCCAUAGACCACCUGAUCGAGGCCAGGAAGCUGCCCCAUCUCACACAGACCUCCCACACGUACGCACAGCGCAAGUCCAAUGCAUGUAUCAUCAAGAUGAGAACUCUCCAGAAGAAACUCUCUCAGCAGGAGGGCAGCAGUGACAGUGGGAGCAGCGAUCACAGAACUCGCCAGCACAAGCCGCAGCCCCAGAUGCAGGUCCCUCUGAACGGCGCUAGACCUCCUUCCAGGACUGGCUCCCAGAAUUCCAUGGACUCCAUCAGCACCAACAGCAGCUCUGGGCGCUGUAACACCCCUGUAUUUGACAAGGUCAUGAGGCCCCCCACAGAUGAGAGGGUACCCCCUGUGGAACCCCACCUGCCUCCUGCGGAGUACCAGAAUGCGCCUUACAAGGAUCGUAGCUUUGAGACGAAUAUGCCAGAUAUAAAUAACGCCCCCACAAGUGGGAAUGCCGACCUUUAUGGUACUCUGCCCAGGUGGAAGACCCAGAAGUCCCAAGAGCACAUGAGGCAGGGAAAUAAUGAGAAACAUGAGGCUGAAGUUUACCAAGAUUUUUUGGAUAGUCAGCGCCGACAAAGUGGAGGUCACAGCCGCAAUAAUUCAGGGGCCAGAACUCCUGUGAAUGAAAUCGGCCCCAGUUUUGACCCAAAUCAGUUUACAAGGACAAACAAAGCACCAAAUUUAAUUAAUCCUGGUUAUAAUUAUCAAAACUAUCCCCAGCAAGUCAUCCCACCACCAGUUGGGCAUCCUUUUCCAGUGGAUCAGCCUUGUACAUACAGUCGGAUGAGCCAGGGUUUGAAACCAAUACCAGUGACUCCACCUAAGAUUGAGAACCAGUCUAAGCACACAGAGAGUCAGCCUGAUUUAAGGAAGCUAUCCAAAGACUCUGUAGUGACCCCACAGCGACCUUUAACCCCACAGGUGUUGUGUACAGAGACCCCAGAAGGCGACCUGCAAUCACAGAUAAGCGUGCGUGAUCUCAAAUCUCGUUUCGAGACGACCAGUAUUCGUGACACAAAAGACAUUGCAGCAGCGGAUAGAUCCGCUAUGAGUAACGACCGAUCUCACUUGCCUAUUGGGCAGACAAACAGUGUUGGCAGUGUUCAGUCGAGAACUCAGUCAAAAGUGUUUGCAAUGCAGAGACAGCGAAGCAAAUCAGAGUCCGAGUCAUUGGAGCAGGAAUCUCAACAACCGAAGUCAGUUCUGUCAAAGAAAGAUAAGACUGGAGAUCGGUUAGAUAAACCGCGCAAAUCCGUGACAUUUUCGACCAACGUGUGUCUGGUGGAAGCAGCAGAUGACUGGGAGGGGGGUUUUCAUGGUGACCAGGAGCACGGUGGUGGAGCGGGACAUACGGAGGAUGUGGACAGCUCCUCUAGUAGUUCGCCCGUCGAUAUGGACAACCACCGUGCCUGCAUGCUGUGCCAUAAACACGGCAUAGAAGUCGGGCAUAACUACUGUACCAAAUGUUCCUUCUAUAUGAACCAGUUUCAGCCAACUAAGUAGAACAAAUUGAAGUUUAUAGUGUUAGUGAAUUGACAUUGUAUUAAUAACAUAUUAGCCAUUACAUUUUGUUUUGUAUUAUUCAUGAUAACUGUGCAUUUUAUCGUUUUUCUUUGCAUUUUUUCUUUAAAUGAUCUCUGUAGGUGAAAAUUAGAACUAUAUAAUAAAAUUGUAUGUUAAUAUUAACUAGGUUAAUUUUAAGAUUAGUUUUAUUUUUGUAUAUUGCUGUUGUAAUAAUUCUUAGUUUUAUUAACUUGGUUGGUAAAAAAAUAGUACCUUUGAAUAAUGAUUUAAACUUACUUCCAUAGACUACAUAUGGUUUGCUGACUAUAUUAAUAACACAAAUCCUUGUUAAACGGUUAUAUUGUGUUUACACACUGUUAUUUUAUCUGUAUUAAAACCACUGGUGUUCAGGGAUCUGUGUUGAUUCCAACUGUGAAAUUGAUGUGCUUUUUAAUGUAUAAGAUCAUUUAUUUCAUGCCUUUAUCCACAAUUUCUUUUACAAUGAAAGUCUCUGCAAGUAUGUAUUACCAUUUUCUCUUUCUUCUUUUUAUUUGUUUUCCACUUCAUAUUUACGUAAGUAUUGAAUUAACAAAACCAUCAUCAACAUUUAAUAAAAAAAUUUAAUUAGCAAAUUUAUAUUUUAAAAAGCUCCUCAAAUGGAUAUUACUAUUAAAAGCAAAAUAUCAAUAAAGGCUUUGGUUAAAUAAAUUUUGGAGAUACACAUCCAUUUCGCAACAUCAGUUUGCUUUUUAAUGUGUCAUGCAAAAAUGGGUCUUAUGUCAUAGGCAGCCCACCUAUCUCCAGACCUAUUGGGCAGUCUGAUCAGGGGCUAUGUUGUCUGCUCUAAAGUAAUGCAAGGUUUUGUGGCCCCAUAGGCAGACAGGGUAACUCUGGAGCUACUCUGGCCGCAUAUGGCAUAAGACCCACUUUGGCAAGACGUUCAUUGUAUCUUCAUUGUUGUCAAUUUACUAUUGUUACUUCACUUUUUAUAUGUGUGCAUGUCUAUACACUUUUAUAUUCUACUUAUGGUUAUACCUUUUUGGUUUUAACUUGUAUUGUUUACAAACUAACAUUCCUUUGUCUUAAAAUUUACGUGAAAACUAGUCAGUUCAUUUUAAACAUUUUUCAUAUCAUUUUAUGUUAAGAUUUUAUGUAUUGGAAAAAGCAUUUAAAAACAUGUAAUACUUUCAUGCUGAAGGUAAAAAAUUGUUGGGUUUAGUUUCUGGCAAAUGCUGUAAACAUUAAAUAUUAAAUAUAUUAAAUAAAAAGAUAUAAGAAUAAGGCUAAUUGAGUAUUUAAAAACAAAGUCUUAUAUGCCUAUGUUUAACCAGUUUUUUUAAUAGUUUAUUAUAAAGACAAAAGCCAUGCAAAUCUUUUCAAAUCAAAUUUCAUUAAAAUGUUAAGGUUAAGGAAAUCUGACAACUUUGGAUCUGUCAGUUGCUGAUACUGUUUAUUUUCUGUGUAUGACAAUAAAUGGUAUCAGAUUGAACUAAACAGACACCAUGCUUCCUUUAGUGUUCAUACAAUAAACAUUUGUUUUAUUGUAGAACAAACUUACAAACUUACCUGUUAUAAAUAUGGUUUAAUGAUAAUAUACAUACAUUAAAAUUAAAACUUUUAAAGAUAAUUGUAGCUGUCAUUUUUGUCUGCUGACAAAAACUAAACGCCACAAGACAGUAUCUUAAAUUGUUUUAAUAUAAAAUUCUAUGUUUAUAGCUUAACAUUAGCAGUAGUUGGUGUGGUAUGACUUACCAAGGUUUUCCAUACUUUGAAAUCAGUUAAUUUAGCAUUUUGUUACUAAUACACUACAUAGCAAAGUACAAUGUUUUGUAGAAAGUUGUUCUAACAGCAAUAGCAAAGUAAUGCAUUUAGAUCUACGUUUUCUUGCCUACCGUCACAUUAAAAAGUUUAUUAGAAUUUAUUAGGCUAUGAAAGUGGUUGUAUUAACGAUUUGUAUGGAAUGUGUUGCAUCCUAUUAUGAUACUGUACAUAUAGUUUGAUCUGUGAUAUUCAUUAUUGAAUGAUCAAAUUCCAUAAUUGUAUCAUGAUAAAUUUACCAGAACAUGUAAAAGUCUCAUGUAAAUGCAUUGGGGAAACAAAUUAAUCACUACUUACAAUGCUAAGUAUAUUUCUAAAGUGUGUCUAGUGUUUGCUAUGUCUCUGUUAUUAACUUGGUCCAUUCCAGAGAAAAGGACAUAAAACAGUCAGCUGUACUACAGAAUUUUGUUCUAUUAUUGCAUAAUUCUGGAUAAUGUUGAAAUAACUCAUUUUGGAAAACUGUUCAUUUACUUUCUUUUAAUUGAUCUUAGGCAUAGUUCUGGCAUAUGAAGAAACAACUGUUUCAUUUUGUUGCAUUCAAGUAAUAUGUGUAAAAGUGUAAAAGAAUUAUGUUCAAAUUAAUUCAAUUAUCAAGGAAUAUACAUCUACAUUCUUGUUUGAUGUUUGCAGAAGAGAAAGUAUAAACUAAGCUUGUUUUACACCUACAAAGCUGGACCUGUCAUGGUUGAAGCAGAUGGCUGUUUUAUGACCUGUCUCCUAUGAUAUGAGCCUUAUUCUGCGAAAACUGGGCUUAAUACAUGUGCGUUAAUGUCAUCCCAGAUAAGCCUGAGCAGUCCAGAAAGGUUAAUCAGGAACGACUCAUUCCGCCUAAACAGGAUUUUUGCUGAGCAGUGAUAUCCUUUCAGCAGAAAAUUCCAUUCAAGCGGAAAGUGUUGUCAGUGAUAAGCCUGUUCCGACUGCACAGGCUAACAUAGGAGGACACCAUGUGCAUGCAUUAAGGCCAGUUUUUGAAGAACAAUGCUUUAUGAUAUAAUAGGAACAUCCUAUUAUCCACCCCAAAUAUGAAACAUAUCAACUGCAAUUAACCAUAUCAGAUAUACAUUCUGUACAUAAACAUGUAGCAACUUUUUGUCAACAUUUUGUGCCUGUAAAAUGAUAUAUUUCUGAAUAAAUAUUGAUAAAAAAUGAUAAAUAAAAAUCCAAAAAAUUUA